ACCGAUAGUUCUAGCAGAUACAGUCCUCCGCCAACGCUGAGGAGUAGCGGUCGUGCAUCAGAAUUCGUGUGGCCCUCGUGUGGUCAAUCAGCCAUUCAGCGGUACGGAAGCGCAUCGCGAUUCUGUCUCUCUGUUGUGUGUGGAUUUCUGGGAUCAUCGGUGUACGGGGGUAAGCGUUGCGUUGCAAACAGGGCCAUCAGCAAAUAGAACGAUGAUCGGUAAUCGUGUGAUCAAUCUGCUGAUCGUGGCGACGCUGGCUCUAGCAGGCCAAACAGUGCUGGCGCUAGAGCUGGGUCAGGAUUGCGUGAAUCCGGUUGGUGAGGCCGGCAAGUGUGUCCUGUUUCGUGAGUGUCAACCCUUGGUCGACAUUUACAACAAGCCGGUCAACACGCCGGACGAUACGCAAUUCCUCACCCAGAGCCGCUGCGGUCUCUACGAGCGUAAAACUUUGGUUUGCUGUGCGGGGGUAAGAUCCAAAGGCAAAACUUCGCUCCCAGAAUCACCAAACUGUGGGGUGCAGCUGACGGACCGUGUCAUCGGCGGACAGCCGACCAAGAUCGACGAAUUCCCGUGGACGGCGCUGAUCGAGUACGAGAAACCGAACGGCCGGUUCGGAUUCCACUGCGGUGGUUCGGUCAUCAACGAACGCUACAUCCUCACCGCGGCCCAUUGCAUCACGUCGAUUCCGCGCGGCUGGAAGGUGCACCGAGUUCGUCUGGGCGAGUGGGAUCUUUCCUCGACCACCGACCAGGAGGAUGACUUCUACGCGGACGCCCCGAUCGAUCUGGACAUUGAAAAGAUUAUCGUCCACCCCGGCUACAACCUGCAGGACAAGAGCCACCAUAACGACAUUGCGCUGAUACGCUUCAACCGCGAGAUUAACUACUCGAGCACGAUACGCGCGAUCUGUUUGCCGCUGUCCAACUCGCUGCGCAACCGGAAGCACGCCGGCCUGUCGAGCUAUGCGGCCGGCUGGGGCAAAACGGAGACGGCUUCGGCGAGCCAGAAAAAGCUGAAGGUGGAGCUGACCGUGGUCGAUGUGAAGGAUUGCUCACCGGCGUACCAGCGCAACGGCAUCUCCCUCGACUCGACGCAGAUGUGUGCCGGUGGCAUUCGUGGCAAGGAUACGUGCAGCGGUGACUCGGGCGGCCCGCUGAUGCGACAGAUGAGCGGAUCGUGGUACCUGAUCGGUGUCGUUAGCUUCGGGCCGCAGAAGUGCGGAGCGCCUGGCGUGCCGGGCGUGUACACGAAUGUGGCCGAGUAUGUGGACUGGAUAAAGGACAAUAUCUACUGGUCAGUCCAUAGCGAAAGCGUGUCAAAUUAUCACAUGAUGCUGUUUGGAGGUGUUAAAGUGCUCCGUGUAUCGGGUCCUCCGUUGUUCUUUGUUUUAUUGUGGAUGGUACAUAGUGUUGUUGGGCUUGAUCUCAACGCAAACUGUAUGACUCCGUUGGGAGAGUCAGGAAAGUGUAUUCUGUUCCGAGAGUGCCAACCACUGAUCACCAUCUACAACAAACCGAUAAACACUCACGAUGAUACACUGCUACUAACGCAAAGCCGGUGCGGUAUGCUGCAGCGAAAAACGCUGGUAUGCUGCCCCGUGACCAGCCAGACCAGAGCUUCCCUACCCGAACCGCCGGUUUGUGGCAUUCAUCUGGCCGAUCGGGUGAUUGGUGGGCAGCCAACGCAAAUCGACGAGUUCCCAUGGACGGCACUGAUCGAGUUCCAGAAACCGGACGGUAGCUUUGGCUUCCACUGCGGAGGAUCGUUGAUCAAUGACCGGUACAUCGUGACAGCAGCCCACUGUAUUAAAUCCAUUCCACGCGGCUGGAAGGUCCAUCGGGUGCGUCUUGGUGAGUGGGAUUUGACAUCGGCAAACGAUUGUCAGAAUGAGUUCUGUUCGGAUGCACCGAUCGAUCUGGACAUUGAGCAGAUUGUCGUCCACACUGGCUACGAUACGAAGGAUCAAAGCAAUGCGAACGAUAUCGCGCUAAUACGCUUCACCCGGCCGGUAAACUACUCACAAACCGUGCGGCCUAUCUGUCUGCCCCUGAGCAGCUCACUUCGCAACCGCAACCAUGCCGGAAUGCCCGCCUAUGCGGCCGGCUGGGGCAAAACCGAAUCAGCAACAGCCAGCGAGAAGAAACUGAAGGUCGAGAUGAACAUUAAAAGCCUGCAGGAGUGUGCGCCGGUCUAUCAGCGAGGAGGUAUCUUGCUGAAACAGACGCAUAUGUGUGCCGGUGGCGUUCGUGGCAAGGAUACGUGCAGCGGUGACUCGGGCGGCCCGCUGAUGCGACAGAUGACCGGAUCGUGGUACCUGAUCGGCGUGGUUAGUUUCGGGCCGCAGAAGUGCGGAACGUUCGGUGUGCCGGGCGUGUACACGAAUGUGGCCGAGUAUGUGGACUGGAUAAAGGACAAUAUCUACUAGAUCAGCGGGAAGCACUAAGUGGAGCGCAUUAAAAAGAAGUAGACAUAUUGAUGGAUGGUUUGGGUGACUUGUAACGAACGACUCAAAUAAAUCUCAUGCAUUUUAAUGCUCCUACGACCUCAA